UACUCGUCAAGCGAAACAAGCGAUCAACGGUGUAACGGCGUAAGAAGCAAGACCAAGGAAAAAAGGACAGCUUUGUUUGAGAAAAUCAAAACAUAUGGAUCAUUAUCAAGAGUGCAUGCGCCCGUAGGGACUAUAUUGCUCUAUUGUCCCUGUACCUGGUCAAUUCUUAUGGCGGCGUAUUCCAUUAAAGUUCCGAUAUUUUCCACUGUUAAAGUAUUGACUAUAUUUGCUCUCGGUUCCUUUGUUAUGCGUAGUGCAGGAUGCGUGAUUAAUGAUUUAUGGGAUAGGAAGCUGGAUGCCAAAGUUCGAAGGAGUUCCAAUAGACCACUUGCAAAUGGAAAGGUUGGUGUUCCUGAAGCUCUGGGGCUACUGGGUGUUCAAUUAUCUACUGCUCUCAUUAUAUUGUGCAGUUUAAACUCUUACACGGUGAAGUUAGGGGUCCUUUCAUUACUUCCUGUUUCGCUUUAUCCUUCUUUUAAACGGUUUACGUAUUAUCCACAAGCUUUUCUUGGUUUAACUUUCAGUUACGGUGCUCUCAUGGGUUGGCCCGCUUUAGUUGGUGCUGAUGCCAUGUUUUGGCCCGUCGUAGCACCAUUAUACCUAAGCUCUGUUUUCUGGGUAAUUAUGUAUGAUACCAUUUACGCACAUCAAGAUAAACUUGACGAUGUUCAUGCUGGUAUUUAUUCCACCGCUCUCAAGUUUGGAAAACGAACGAAGCCAGUUCUUUUUUUACUAGCUUCAAUUCAAUAUGUAUUUCUAUCGUUUGCAGGAAUGGCUAAUCACCAGGGCCCAAUAUUUUACUUACUUGGAGUAUGCGGUUCAUACAUAUCAACGCUACUGAUGAUUUUUAAUGUUAAUCUCAAUUCACCUAAAAACUGUAUGCAUUGGUUUAAACAAAAUUCAAAAAUGGGUUAUGCUAUAACACUCGCCAUUACUCUUGAUUGGAUUAUAUCAUUUCUUAAGUAA